AGUCAGUCCUCGCCGGUCCAGCGUAGAGUUCGUUCUGUGCCUUUUUAUGCGUGGCCUGGAGGAGUCUUAUGACAUUUUAGAGGUGAACGAUAAUAAUUGAUACGCGCGCACGUGAAAUCCCAAGGCCCCAAAUUAUCUCAAGAUAUAAUGAAUAGUGUGUUUAAAUGUAUAAUAUAAAUCAUAAAAAAUAUUAGGCCAAUUCUUAACAUUAUAUAGACACCAGGGGGUGAGAUAUGAACUAUUUAAAUAAAAGCCUGUGUGAUAAAAUAUAAGUGUCAUCGAAGAACCAUCAAGUUGAUGUUCAACAAUCUCAACCCAGAUAUCAACGAGUGCCUUUCCAGUUUGGAUAAAAUCAUUUCUAAAAUGACUCUACACUUCUUUCACUCUCUUUUAAACACCCUAUGGCAAUUUGUACCCCUGGAGUGUUUACUUGGACGCCUCGAGGAUCCUUUUCUUUUCUCGACGUGACGUCUUCAGUCUAGACGAUCCACAAUUUGGUAGUGCGGUAGUGAGAGCUCUGUCGUCUUGAUCAAGUGGCAGAAUCGAUAGCCGAUGAUUCGUUCAAACGUGGCUGUUCCGGACGAGAAUUAAAUGCUGUAAGGAGGGGGGAGGAGUGAAAAGGGUGGCACCUGGUGGCAAUUUAGAAGAGGCAAAAGGAAUGGGUGCCGGGAUGGGGAGGAGCGGUACGAGCGGGGGUGGAUUGCUCGAGGCUCUUCCAACUGGAACACCCCUUCACGUGGCGAUGCUGGGAUUGGACAGUGCUGGGAAGACUACUGCCCUAUAUCGAUUAAAAUUUGACCAGUAUCUUAAUACGGUACCAACAAUAGGAUUUAAUUGCGAGAGAAUUCGCGGUGGCAUCGGCAAGGCCAAAGGCGUCAAUUUUCUCGUCUGGGACGUUGGGGGCCAGGAGAAGCUCAGACCACUCUGGAAGUCAUACACCAGGUGCACGGACGGUAUCAUCUUCGUGGUAGACUCCUGCGACUCGGAGAGACUCGAGGAGGCUAAGAUGGAGCUUACGAGAACAGCAAGGAGUCCAGAUAACGCGGGUGUGCCAAUUCUCAUUCUGGCCAAUAAGCAGGAUUUGCCUGACGUCCCCUUGAUGAUUGCAGGUGCGAAAGAAGUAAGCGAAUUGGAAAAGCACCUGGGUGUAUUGGAAUUGGCCGGUACUCCAGGUAGCUCGUGCAUCAGGGUGCAACCGGCAUGUGCAAUAACGGGUGAGGGUCUUCACGAAGGUCUGGACACUCUGUACCAGCUGAUACUGAAGCGACGAAAGCUCGCCAAGCUGAAUCGUAAACGGGCCAGGUAGGCCCGGGCAUCAGAGGACUGCACAUGCGUCUUCUGAUAUUGCUCGAAACCGCCGUCGCCAUUGGCACCGGCAACGCCGUCAUCGGUCGCCUCCUUCUCGUUCGACGACGUCGACGCAGACGUCGUUGAGAUACUGGACGAAACCCGAUAGACGCGUGAUACCACUCACCAGUACUUGGUAUGUACGUCGAUCAACUGGAAAAAAAAGGAAAUUGUCAUUCUUCAACGAGAAACGUCUUUUUGAAUCUCGCGUGCGAACCCAGCAAUGUCCUGACGGUUCGUUGUCUCUUCUUGUCACUUUCUCGAAAGCUUCAGGUCACGUGACCCACUCGAAACAGAGACCAAGCGUAAGCGGUUUUCGCGCGAUAGUCCAGACAACAAAUGUGAGGUUAGGAAUGGUGGAUGACGGGAAUUCGAUAGAGGGGUAAAAUUAAAGAACUAGAAAAUUAAAUGAACGCUGUUUUAGGGUUAGUUUCGUUGAAGGAGAGCACUCGUACCUUGUCGUAUGUCCGUCGACAAUUAACGUACCUGUGCCUCUCGGUUUUUUGCAUCUUUAUACCCGUUAAGACGCCCUGUAUGUAAUACUCUAGUAGACGUGCUAUCGAAAAUUGUUUGCGCAUGCGCACACGGAUCUCACGAACGUCACGUAGACACCUUUUUAUAAGCAGCGAUAUUCACUUUCUUUUGACCUACAGUUAUAUAUUAUGUAUAUAUAUUAUAUAUAUGCGCUUUAUAUAUUUAUAUGUACAUUCAUAUAUAAAGAUAUAUGUACGUAUUUCCAUGAGGAUACAAAUAUUGCGCAUGUGUUUACAGGAAAGAAUCGCGUGACUACCUGAUUCAAUAAAAUGGCCAGUAAUAGAAUUUGGGAUUGUAGAGCGGAUAUAUAUAUAUAUAUAUAUAUAUAUACACAUAUAUAAAAUUGUAUAUCAUUGAAAAAACAGUGUCUUGUUGUGCUACGGAUAUAUAGCGUUACGGGAUAUACGGUGUCCUUGGAAUAUUUCCUUAAAAAGAAAAAGUAUCCUUGACUUCCGGUAUAUCGGUUUAACGUAUUCCUCUGAAGAUUCGGAAGUAACGGGAUACCGGAUGUUGCGUCAUGUUGCGUCGUUCCUUUUUUGUUCUUUUUCACUCCCGAUGAGAUUGUUUUGCUGCAUUGUUUUGUUACGUACGCCUGGUAUAACGGAAGUCACGCUGCUGGUUUCCGUCUCUCGAUUGAAAAAAAAAAGAUGAAUUGUAGCUCGUUGAAAAUGUCCCUUGAAGUCGCACCUUGGGAUCUUGCCGAUUGCCACUGAUUGUUUUGGUAUCCAUGGCAACGAUGCCGUGAUUGUCGUUUCUGCACGGGGUUGACUUUUUGUUAUUUUCAUUAUUCUAUAAGUAAUUCACCCGUCGCGCACUUACGGACGCGCACGUCGAGAAACACACAUGCGUACGGUGGAAGUUGCGGUUUCGACUCGGUAACCAAGGACGAUGGUUUUGGCGCGAGAUUUGAAUUCACAGGUGUGCAUAUUCGAAACCGAAGACGCCGUGCUCGCGUUUCUUUGUAAAUAUCCGAUCGGAGCGUAAAAGAUGUAGGGAAAAUUGAAAGAGAAGAUUAACGUGUACCAAUUAAGUCUUAUAAAAAUGUUGAAGGAUAACUGUCAGGGAAAUUUAAUGAUCGAAACUAAGAAGAAAGAAAAAAACGAUACGUUUGGUAAAUGAGACUUAAAUAAUAAUAAUAGUGACGAACAAAGGUCAAUAUUAAGAAACCGAUUGGGUAAAAUUAUUAGAGGAAGAAUGUUAAAUGGGAUACAGUAGGUAAUAAAAAAAAAAUGAAAUGUCAAUAACGUAAAUAUUAAAGAAAAAAAAAAGUAAACGAAUACUAUCGAACCAGGGAAAGUCAAAUUUUGAGGCUUCCUCUUAUCGAUUCCCACCGAAUUUUUCCUCGUACGCGAAACUCGUCAAUUGUAUAACGAGUGACGAUGCUAGUCGACCUGAGAAUUAAUAAAAAAGAAAUAAUAAGAUAAACAGGCAAGAACGAAGCGUGAAUCUGUAAAUACAAGAAUAAAAAGAGUGUAAUUCAAGAAAAAAAUAAAAAAUAAGUUUCUGCGUGUCUCUAUUGAACCACAGAGUCAAAGUAGCCGUUAGGCGAUUAAAUGUUUUGGCGCUUGCGAAUCGGACGAAUGUCUAUUUACACUGUUUACCGCAACAAUUGUGUCUUUGACUUUCGUUGGAGAUAAAAGAAGAAGAAAUGAGGUGAGGGGGGGGGAGAAGGGGAAAUUGAAAUAACCUCCAAAGAAAUUUUCGUGCGCAUGCGCAAUCGUUCAGUCACCUUCUUCACCGAGACGUCCUUCGGCCUAAAUUAAAAAAGGAAAAAAGGUUUUCGGUGACCGGAAAUGACUCUGCCUAUAUUACUAUUAUUCGUCUUCCGGUUCCUCAAGCGCCCGGAUCGUUUCCAUAGAUAUAUAAUAUGAAUUAACUUACGAAUAUAAUUGUUGUUUUUAUAUCGACUGUCGUUCAAAAUUCUAUUGUACAACUAUACUUGCCCUUGUUGUGUUUUUCUUAAUUAUUAUUAUUAUUAUUAUUAUUAUCUUUCGAUAUUUUAUCUCGCGCUUACGAUCGAUAGAUAAACCUAUUUAUGUAUACAAUACGAUAACUGUAACGAUAUUGAUAACUUAAUUGUAUCGUCAUUGUGGUUGACGAUCAUCUUCGUUUCGCAAAAAUUCCCAAUUAUCAACUGAUUACCCUAGUGUCUCGUAUUUGCAAGUUUUUUUUUGCUUUUCGAUCAAAAAAUUUUUUUUUAUAAACCGUCAGAUCGUCGCAUCGUCGUAUCGAUUCUUUUCUACUGUUUCUUUGGCUCUUAUAUAUCACUAGUCAUUAUGUAACGUUGAAUAAAAAUCAUCCGAAAUAUAAAGCACAAAGGACAAACUGAAUCCGAUUACGUCAUCAGUCAUUGAUGUAUCACCGCGCACCUUUUGUUCUCUGUUCCUCAAUUUUUUUUCUUCUCUUGGCGCGCAUCGCUUGUUCGAUCAUUACAAUUUUUCAUCAAGUCGCAUAAAUAACGCUCAGGCAAAUUUUCAAUAAUCGAUCGCACCUCGGUGUAUGUUUAUACGUAAUCGCUGAACAAUUUAAUUCCAAAAAUCUUCUUUCUGCUGUAAAAAUCAUUAAGUCCGUUCUUCAGCUUAUAAAAUGAUCUAUAGCGGGUAAAAUGAUCUAUCCGGGUUCUUCCUAUCAAUGACUCUCACUCUCGUUGAAUCCCGGAAUUGCUUUUGACAAAAGAGGAGCCGACGAAGGAACAAAGAACAAAAUAAAAGUAGUGCAGAGAAGAAGAAGAAAAAAAAAUGAAAAUAAUUUUUUCAUCGAUCUGACAGUAAAUAAUGAUUAGAAGAAAAAAUCAAAAUGUACUUUUCUUAUGAUAGGCGCUUGUAUCAGUGAACUCUAACCCGGCGUCACGAAGAUGAUCAUCCCCUUCAGACUUCCCAGCAUCACGACUCAACUUGUAUACAUAACUGUCAUUAAAUCAUUGUUAUGUUCUAAA